AUGGCAGAAAUAAAUGAAUCAGAAGAAGAUAGGCUAGAAGAAAGUUUGCUAGAAGAAAGUAGAUUAGAAGAAAGCGAGAUAAGAGAAAGUGGACCAGAAAAUGAACUUCAAGAUGAGGCUUCUGAAGAAGAAGAUGUUGUUAUACUAAUUAAUGAUUUGCCAAUUGAAAAUAUACCAGAAGCCCAAGAAUUAAUAAAUAAUAUUGAGGAAUAUGCUAAUCUAAUUAACCAGCCAGUUGAAACUGAGGAUAUAUUAACGGAUGAAGGUAUCGUCAAAAUGGUGAAUUACGAAUUCUGUGAUGAUGAUAAAACUGAUGAUAAAGAAAAAGAAUUACCACCACCACCCCAAUAA